UCUGGAAAAAUUGGCUUAUUAAAAAAAGACGGUAUGAGCUAACAAUACUGGAGCUUGGACUGCCAAUUUUCUCUGCAUUUUUGUUAGUUCUUAUUCGGCACAUGACACCCGUUAUUGAAAAAGCGAAACCUGAUGUUUAUGAUUUUCAAAGAUUGCAGCUAGGCUUACUCCCUUCUCAGCCUUCAAGUCACUCCAUUGUAAUAGGCUAUGCACCAGGGUGUCAGGAAACAGAAAAAAUAAUGGAUUUUAUAAAAGGAAAGUUGGAACAUGGAGGAGUUGUGUUAAAGGUUUUUUCAUCGCCCUAUGAUGCCAGUAGCUACAUGAAAAAAUUUCCUCUUGAGUUGCACAGUGUGAUUAUAUUUUCUGGUGUUACUGAAAAUAGAUGUGACAUUCCAAAAGACAUGAAACUGAUCAUUCGACCAAACAUCGGUAACAGUGUGUGGCGGACAUCGUUUACAGGGCCUUUAUUCAAAUCAGUUGCCUCCAGGAGUGUUGAGCAUUCAAAUUAUAAGUCCAGUGGAGUUCUGACUCUACAGAGUUUGCUCACUGAGGCUGUCAUUAAGUACUGGCUGCUCAAGAACCCAAAAGGCGGAAAGGAUUAUACAAACAUCACAUUUGAUGUGAUGACUAAACGUACACUGACCCCACCUCACAUUCAUGACCCUAUGUUUGAAAUACUUGAAGAUUAUUUGCCAAUAUUUAUUGCAUUAAGCUUUGUGUUUAAUGUCAUUAUGAAUACCCAGAUUUUAAUUGAAGAACAAGAGAACAAAAUUAAGCCUCUGCUUACAGUAAUGGGGCUAUCCCGCACUGCCUACUGGCUCUCCUGGUUUGUGGUGUUCUUCCUGCAGCUGGUACCAACAGUGACCUUGUAUACCUUAGUCCUUUGCCUUGACCUGACCCCUGCUGGCCCUGUGUUCAAGUCUACUGACCCCAUACUGUUAUAUGUGUUCCUGCUGCUGUAUGCCACAUCAUUUACAGCUUUUGUGUUUAUGAUCAGCUCCUUCUCUCCCAGUGCCAGUUUUGGAGCUGUUGUGGCUGGUGUUUUGUACUUUGCAUUUUUAUUAAUGCAUUUUGUAACACUCUGCAAUUGGGAGGAGCCGAUAGCCAAAUAUGUGAAACUCAUCUCUCUGUUGUUCUUCAAUACGGCUAUGGCUCAGGGUGCUUUCAUCAUCUCCGUUCUGGAAGACAGAGGUGAUGGUGCUGUGUGGAGCAAUGUGUACAUCCCCUUAGACACCAACCACCUGACCUUGUUGGAGUGUAUGCUGUCCCUGGUGUCCAGCUCAGUUCUCUACCUCCUGAUCAGCUGCAUCUUCUACUCCCUGCAUGACCGCCUAGUGCAUCCUCGUUCCAAAGCUGUAAAUAAAAACAUUUUUCUGGCAAAUGCUUUCUUUGAAAAUGAUGCACCAAAUUUGAAAGCAGCAAUUCAACUGCAUAGUUUAAGAAAGGUUCUGAAAGGUGAAACUGUUGUUGAAAUUCCAUUACUCAACAUAUUUGAGGGGCAGAUAACUGUUUUGUUAGGCCCCAAUGGUGCAGGGAAGACAACUUUGAUAUCAUUACUAACUGGUAUCCUUUCCCCCACCAGUGGAUGUGUACAGGUUUACAACCAGGACAUUAAAACCUUGACUGACCAUGAACAGCAUGUGAUAGGGGUUUGUCUGGAGGAAAACAUUUUGUUCCAGUACCUUACAGUGUUUGAACACAUGGAGUUUUUCUCUAAGCUGAAAGGUCUGACCAGUGGGGAGAUCAAGCCUGAGGUGGUGUCCAUGAUCAUGGAGAUGAACCUGAAGAAUGAGGUGGACACUCUAGUCAAAGAUCUCUCAUGGGGUACACAGAGGAAAGUUGCUCUAGCUGCUGCACUCAUCGGAGGCUCAAAGGUUAUUGUUCUAGAUGAACCAACUAAAGGCAUGGACCCAGCUAUUAAAAGCCAGAUCUGGAGCAUCCUAAAAUCCUCAAGUAAAGAUCGUGUGAUCCUCCUCACCACACACUACAUGGAUGAGGCCAACGCCCUGGCUGACAGAGUGGCCAUCAUGGACGAUGGAAAAUUAAAAUGUUACGGCACCCUGUCAUAUCUCAAGUCAGUUUAUGGUGCUGGGUACACGCUGAGUUUUUCCAAAAAUUCCCGCUGUGAUGUAUCAGUGCUGACCUCUCUGGUCAAGAGCUAUGUGAGUACAGCAGUGCUACUGAAGACAGCCAAAAGAGAAGCUGUCUAUCUCCUCCCCACCACCGCCAACACCCACUACGAAGCCCUCUUCAGUGAUCUGGACAAAAAUAGAAAGAGUCUAGAAAUUAGGAACUUUAAAACUGCUCCUGCUUCAGUUCAAGAAAUUUACUGGAGAGCUCUAGAUAAACAAGAUGAAGAAAAUGAUCUGAUCAACAAUUUUGAGUUUGACAUGGAUAGAUUGACGUUUCAAAAUGAUAUUUUCCAAUUCACAUUAACGGACAUGGAACAAUCCAAAGUUUGGGCCUUAUUUGUGAAAAAGCUUCUCUACAUCAGAUACCAUUUUGACAUUAUCAUCCUCCAGCUGUUGUUCUCCUUUCUUCUCAUUAUCCUCGGCCUGGCCGUGGUCACCUUCAGUGCUGUCCCCCCAGUGAGCCACCCCCUGGACCUGAGACUGGACAUGUUCAGGCAAACUAUAGUGCCAGUUACUGUAGGGGUUUACCCAACACCAGAACGUCAUCGCAUGAAGGAGCUGUACUCACAGCUGAUCACUGCUGACCACAAGGUUGAGGAGUACACUGUAUAUGAGGAACUCUCACUGGACUACUACCUGUUACACCUGAUGAGAAAUUUGGGGUUCCAGGAGUUCAACAAGCAAGUUGUCAUCGGCAUGGAGCUGAUGCAGUCUGAAAUCUCUGACAGUUUUGGGGUGGUUGCUCUGUACAAUGGUUUUCCUUACCAUGCUGAGGCAGUUUCUGUCAGCUAUGCCUUGAAUGCCCUCCUACAGUACAACUUAGACACAUCUUACAGCAUAGCGACCAGGAUCCACCCCAUGCCCAGAAUCCUGACAGGUGAGAAGAUGUAUGACGCCCACGACAUCACUGGCUCGGCCUUCACCCUGGGUUUCCUCAUCACCUGCAGUAUGUCCCUGCUGACCAGCAAGGUCAUCUAUUUUACUAUCAAGGAAAGAAAGACAGGAUCCAAGUUCCUGCAGAUGUUGAGUGGAGCUGGACCAAUAACAUUCUGGGUCCCCACAUUUUUGUGUGAUAUCAUCAACUACAUAGGGCCCUGCUUCCUCCUGCCUGUGGUCUUUUCCUUGUUUCACAGAGAAGAGUUCCUGGUUGAUGGAAGGUGGAUGCUGCUUGUUUUUGUACUUGCCCUGUAUGCGUUUGCUGCGCUGCCAUUUUUCUACUUCUUGCAGUUCUGGUUUAUAUGUCCUGCUACAGGCAUAGCUGUGAUUACCUCUGCCAGUCUUUUGACAGGUCUGACCACUACAAUCAAACUGACCACUACAAUCAAACUGCCCCAUUCUGUCCCACAUUACAAUGUCAAAGUUCCUAUUGACUUGAGUAACUAUGUUCCUAACAGGUCUGACCACUACAAUCAAACUGACCACUACAAUCAAACUGCCCCAUUCUGUCCCACAUUACAAUGUCUGACCACUACAAUUAAACUGCCCCAUUCUGUCCCACAUUACAAUGUCAAAGUUCCUAAUGACUUGAGUCUGACCACUACAAGCUUGGUGUACGCCUUAUCAGCCACCCCCUCGGGGCCCAGCCAGCUAGCCAACAUCUUAAACCAGGUCUUCAUGUUGCUGUUUCCCAACUACAACAUCGCCAACUGCAUGGCCAACAUCUACCUCAACUACCACAACCACAAAUACUGCACUGAGAUGAACAAUGAGAGCGUUUGUGCUCUCUGCUGUAAAGAGAAAAAAACCCACUAUAAAACAUUCCAACAUUCAUCAGGGUUCUGUGACAAGUCUCCCAGUAGCAAUUGCAUCAAGUAUGAGGAGAGUUACCUAGCUUGGGAGAAGCCAGGGAUAGGAACACACCUUACAUACAUCUUCCUACAAGGAAUAGCUUUUUUCUUUGUUAUCUUCCUGAUGGAGAUAAAGCUGUUUAAGUAUUUAUGGAAUAAUAAAACCAGUGCUGGCUCUAUGCCUCAACAAGAUGGUCUGUCUAAAGGCGACACAAUGAAUUUUAAUGAUGAAGAGGAAGAUGUAACAGCUGAGAAAACUCGAAUCCAAAACACACCACUCACCUUACUGUCAAUCAAAGAUGCACUGAUCCUGUGCAACCUGAGCAAGAGGUAUGGCAGUUUUGUAGCACUGAACAACAUCUGCAUGGGGGUGACAGAGAAGGAUUGCCUGGGUCUAGUAGGGUUAAAUGGAGCAGGGAAGUCCUGUAUUCUGAAGCUGUUGGUGGGGAUUGAGGAACCAAGUGAGGGCACAGCUCUGCUGCAUGAGCUCAAUAUCCUGGACAGCAUGCGUUAUAUCCACAGCUGCACUGGAUACUGCCCCCAGCAAGGCGCCCUGCUGAAACACAUGAAUGUCAAACAAACUCUUCUGAUGUACGCGAGGCUGAGAGGGAUAUCCAUUAACAGGCUAUCCUCUGUCGUCAGAUAUUUGAUUGAAAUUCUACUGCUACAGCCGUAUGCAAGGGUCAAGGUUGCAUACCUGAGCCAAGGACUGAGACAGAGGCUAAACAUCGGCAUAGCUCUGAUUGGUGACCCAGUCCUGAUACUGUUGGAUGAACCACUGUGUGGCAUAGACCUCAACACUAGAAUUAGGCUAUGGAGCGUCCUGACCAAAUUUAGAAAUUUAAAUCAUACUGUCAUACUGGUGACUAACAAUUUGGAAGAAUGUGAAGCAUUGAGUACCCGCACUGCCAUGAUGUUCAAUGGCAACUUUGUCUGUUUGGGGAGCCCCAGGCAUUUGAAAUCUAAAUACAGACUGGGAUUUACCCUUAUCAUUCACCAGAAAAUACAAAACAAUGGCAGCCCUGUCCCCAGUAGUCCGUUGAUAGAGUACAUACUCAAUUUAUUUCCUGAUGCCAAGGUGACAGAUGACCACCUGGGCUGUGUCCUGUUUGAGGUGGCCAACAUAAAGAUGAAGCUCCCAGACCUGAUCUCCGUGCUGGACAACGCCAAGACAACCCUCAGCGUCACCCACUACUCCAUCCAGCCAACAACAUUAGAGCAAGUGUUUCUGGCCUUCGCCGCCCUACAGUCCCCCAAUGAACAGAAACAAGUCAACAUUGGGGGCAAGCUGCUGUUUCAGCUGUCCAGUACAGGAAUGCUGCGUAGGGCAUCGACCUGCUCAGUGGCCCGGCCCAGAACUUCUGUAAUUUGGGAGUCACCAAGUCUGGACAUCCUGGCUACAAGAUCAGUGGCUGAUACAGAUGGCACAGAAAGUGAAGUUUGAGGACAGACCUUUGACACAGAGAGUGAAGUUUGAGGACAGACCUUUGACACAGAAAGUGAAGUUUGAGGACAGACCUUAGAAAGUGAAGUUUGAGGACAGACCUUGGAAAGUGAAGUUUGAGGACAGACCUUGGGCACAGAAAGUGAAG